AUGUUCACCAUGAUUUUCCUUUUCUUGCUCCUGAAUAUUCCACUUUUAAUGGUUGAUUUUAUUCAUCCCAGAUGCUUUUGGAGAAUGAAGCAGAAUGAAGACAAGGAUGGAAACCUGGGAACAGGGUGUGCCUUCUUUCUUCAAUCAGUACACUGGCCUGUGGAGAAAGAGCAUUACAGUGACAUUUUCAAUAUACAAAUGCAUAAUGAAAACCACAAGUAUGCUCUGGCUUUGGCUUUUGCGAUAUGUGAAAUCAACAGGAACCCUGAUCUUUUGCCAAAUAUGUCUCUAAUAUUUGAAUUCACAAGAGAUGCUUGUGAUUGGGAAUCUCAAUUAAACAGUGUUAUUCAAUCUAGUUUAAAAAAUCAUAAUAUUCUGCCUAAUUAUAUCUGUAAAGAAUUUACCAAGUGUCCAAUGGCACUUACAGGACUAAAUUGGACAACAACUCUUAAACUUCAUACCAUCCUAAACAACUUCAUAUCUCAGCAGUUCCUUCAGGUUACUUAUGGACAUUUUCAUCCUGUCUUGAGUGAUAAUGAAAAAUUUCCCUAUCUAUAUCAGAUGGCUUCUGAUGAUAAAUCUCUAGCCCUUGCUCUGGUCUCCUUCAUAAUUCAUUUCGGUUGGAACUGGGUAGGGUUGGCCAUCUCAAACAAUGAUCAAGGUAUCCAAUUUCUGUCCUAUUUGAGAAGAGAGAUGGAAAAAGGUACAGUCUGUUUUGCCUUUGUCAACAUGAUUCCAGUCAAUAUGCAUUUAUACAUGUCAAGAGCUGAAAUGUAUUACAAUCAAAUCAUGACAUCAUCCACAAAUGUUGUUAUCCUUUAUGGUUAUGCAGACAGUACUUUAGCUCUGAGCUUUAGAAUGUGGGAAUCUCUAGGUAUAGAGAAAAUAUGGGUCACCAACUCACUGUGGGCUGCCACUCUUAGUAAGAAAGAUCACACAUUUGAUAACUUGUAUGGGACUUAUGCUUUUGGACAACACCAUGGUGAGAUUUCUGGUUUUAAAAAUUUUGUCCAGACAUUGAACCCUGCCAAAUACUCAGAUGAACAUCUGGCAAAGUUGGAAUGGAUGUAUUUUAACUGUGAAGUAUCAGCAUCUAAGUGUAAGACACUGAAGAACUGCUCAUCCAAUCACUCAUUGGAAUGGCUAAUGGUACAUACUUUAGACAUUGCCUUUACUGGAGGGAGUUAUGACAUAUACAAUGCUGUGUAUUCUUUUGCCCAUGCACUCCAUGAGAUGACUUUUCAAAUGUUUGAUAAUCUGCCUAAGGACAAUGGCAGAGAACACAAUUAUAGCUGCAAGAAGCUGUGUUCCAUUCUAAGGAAGACCUCCUUCACUAAUCCUGUUGGGGACAGAGUGAAUAUGAACCAAAGACACAAACAGAAGGAAGAGUAUGACAUUUUUUACAUUUGGAAUUUUCCACAGGGUCUUGGAAUUAAAGUUAAAAUAGGAAUGUUUAGUCUAUAUUUUCCAAGUGGUCAACAGCUACAUUUAUCUGAAGAUGUGUUAGAGUGGGCAAAAGGAAGUGCACAGAUGCCGACUUCUGCAUGCAGUGCUGAUUGUGGUCCUGGGUUUAGAAAAUCUUGGAAGAAUGGAAUGGCAACAUGCUGUUUUCAUUGCAAACUCUGCCCAGAAAAUGAAAUUUCUAAUGAGACAAAUGUGGAUGUGUGUGCCCGAUGUCCAGAGGACCAAUAUGCUAACAUAAAGCAGAAUCGCUGCAUUCCUAAAGCUGUUGUAUUUCUCAGCUAUGAAGAACCAUUGGGGAUGGCACUUUCCUUAAUCUCCUUGGGCUUCUCUGUAUUCACAAUUGUACUUCUUGGAGUCAUUGUAAAGCACCACAAUACUCCCAUUGUUAAGGCCAAUAACCGCACUCUCACCUACAUCUUGCUUAUCUCACUUAUCUUUUGUUUCCUCUGUCCCUUGCUCUUCAUUGGUCAUCCAAACUCAACCAUCUGUAUCCUGCAACAAAUCACAUUUGGAGUUGUAUUUACUGUUUCUGUUUCCACUGUGUUGGCCAAAACAAUUACUGUCAUUCUGGCAUUCAAAGUCACAGCCUCACAAAGAAUGAUGAAGUACUUUCUUGUUUCACGGGUACCUAACUACAUCAUUCCCACCUUUACUCUCUUCCAAGUUAUUCUAUGUGCAGUCUGGCUGGGAGCUUCUCCUCCUUCUGUUGAUAUUGAUGCAAAAUCUGAGCAUGGACACAUCAUUAUUGCUUGCCAUAAGGGUUCAGUCACUACCUUUUACUGUGUUCUGGGAUACUUGGGUACCCUGGCCUUUGGGAGCUUUACUCUGGCUUUCUUUUCCAGAAACCUUCCUGGUGCCUUUAAUGAAGCCAAAUCCAUAACAUUCAGCAUGCUGGUGUUCUGCAGUGUCUGGGUCACUUUCAUCCCUGUUUACCAUAGCACCAAAGGCAAGAUCAUGGUGGCUGUGGAGAUCUUCUCCACUCUGGCCUCCAGUGCAGGGAUGUUGGGAUGCAUCUUUGUUCCCAAAUGUUACACAAUAUUGUUUAGAGAAGACCAAAAUUCUCUUGUUAUGAUCAGAAUGAAAUCAUCUUCCCAUGCACACAUUUCAUAA